GUGCUCUGUCUGAGAACUGACUGGAUGUUAUUGCCAUCCCUGCAGGUUGAGGCUCUCGACAAGGCAGUCUUCCCCCGCAGCCAUGGCGCCCACGCUUGCCACCGCUCAUCGCCGGCGCUGGUGGAUGGCAUUCACAGCCAUCAUCGAGAACCUGCUCUUCUCUGCCGUCCUGCUGGGCUGGGGGUCGCUGCUCAUCAUGCUGAAAGCAGAAGGGUUUUACUCCUACCUGUGCCACGUGUCAGGAAACUCCACCGGCCGCCACGAACAAGAAAACGGCACGGCUUCAGAGAACAAAUGGCCUUCCUGCAACGCUCAAGACGAAAUGCUGAACUUAGCCUUCACCAUUGGGUCCUUCUUGCUCAGUGCUAUCACCCUGCCACUGGGGAUUGUCAUGGACAAAUACGGCCCUCGCAAGCUGCGACUGCUUGGCAGUGCCUGCUUUGCUGUGUCCUGUGUGCUGAUUGCAUAUGGUGCCAGUAACCCAGACUCUCUGUCUGUGCUGAUAUUCAUUGCGCUGGCUCUGAAUGGCUUUGGUGGGAUGUGCAUGACCUUCACAUCGCUUACGCUGCCCAACAUGUUUGGUGAUCUUCGUUCCACGUUCAUUGCUCUGAUGAUUGGCUCCUAUGCUUCCUCUGCUGUUACUUUUCCAGGAAUCAAGGUUAUAUAUGACUUUGGGGUCUCCUUCAUCCUUAUUCUGCUUGUCUGGGCAAGCUGUGCAGGAUUAGUUUUCCUCAACUGUUUCUUCAACUGGCCCCUGGAGCCUUUCCCAGGUCCAGAGGACAUGGACUAUACGGUGAAAAUUAAGUUCAGCUGGCUGGGAUUUGACCACAAAAUCACUGGGAAGCAGUUUUACAAGCAAGUGACAACUGUGGGGCGCCGUCUCAGUGUGGGAAGCUCUAUGAAGGGCCCCAAAGAGCUGACAGCCUUGCAAGAGAAUAACAAGCUCUGUCUGUCCACGGUGGACCUGGAAGUGAAGUGCCAGCCUGACAACACAGCUUCUCCCUCCUUCAUGAAGAGUGUCUUCAGUCCUAUCUUGUUGCUCAGCCUUAUCACCAUGUGUGUCACUCAGCUGAGGCUCAUCUUCUACAUGGGGGCCAUGAAUACCAUUCUUGGGUUUCUGUCUGGAGAUGAAGAUCAAGUGAGUCUCUACACUUCCAUUUUUGGGGUGUUGCAGCUGCUGUGCUUGCUGACAGCACCCGUGAUCGGGUACAUCAUGGAUUGGCGACUGAAAGAGUGUGAUGAUGCCUCAGAAGAGAACGAGGAGAGCAAUGCCGAGCAAAGUGACAAGAAAAAGAAAAAACGUGAUCGUCAGAUCCAGAAAAUCACCAAUGCCACCAAUGCCUUUGCAUUCACAAAUCUCCUGCUAGUUGGAUUUGGAGUCACCUGUCUUAUUCCUAACCUACCGUUGCAGAUCCUUUCCUUCAUUUUGCACACAAUUGUGAGAGGAUUCAUCCACUCAGCUGUGGGGGGCCUCUAUGCGGCUGUAUACCCCUCUACUCAGUUUGGCAGCUUGACAGGGUUGCAGUCUUUGGUCAGCGCCCUUUUUGCUCUUCUGCAGCAGCCUCUGUUUAUGGCAUUGACGGGACCUUUGGAGGGAGACCCUCUCUGGGUGAACGUUGGCUUGCUCGGUGUGAGCUUCCUGGGCUUCUGCCUUCCCAUCUAUCUGGUCUGCUACAGACGCAGACUAGAGAGAGAAAGAAAACAGAAGAACGAUGAUGCCAAACUCUUCCUCAAAAUCAAUGGCACACCUAAUGAGGAAGCCUUUGUUUAAACUGGUGCUUUGAAUACAACUUCCCCUGUACAGGUUCCUGCCACAUCUGUGGGCUCUACCUGUGGUGUAAGCCAGGUUAUUUCUUUCCUGGCUCUGCCAGUCUUUCCUCAUCACUGGAGGAAAUGCCAUACAGCAUGACUGAGCUUUCCUCAGAUAUACAGCAGGAAGAGACCUCCCACUCCUUACUCCAGAACAUGGGACAUUUUUCCUUUUUAUAACGGCUACACGGUUAUUGUGUCUUAAAUUAUUCCCUGGUCAUGCUCUCCAGCAGCAGAGUCUCUGCUCUGAGGACUGGGGAGAGAAGGAAUUGCAGGGAUGGGGGAAGAGGGAAGAAAGACUGUAAUCCGAGUUUGCAAAUGUAACACACUGAAGCUUUUUUCCCCGCUUCUUCCCCCGACGUUGGCUGACGUUGUCUCAGAUGCAAGCUGCGCUCUCCUCCCUUCCCUUAGGUUUGGCAGUGGCCUUUCUGCUUGAUAGGUAGCUGGACCCAGUGGUUUUACUGUCUGUCCAGGCAUAUCCCAGACUGUUACUGAGGCAGGGAAGGGGAUUUCUUCCUAUGUGUAUGAGCAGAACUUCAGUAUAUUGCUAGACGCUGGCUGCUGGUGUUGACAACUCCCAAAUCCUUUAUUAUUACAUAUGGCACAGACUGUGAGCAAUGGAUCUGCCUUCCACACUGAAAUGAAGAGCCUAAUAGACUGCUUGGUCCUAUCCCAAGCCUGCAAAGGCCUGGAUUCCUCUUCUUCCUGGCCUGUAAACCAUCUGUACAUGUUGUAAACGGUCUGCAAUCCUGAACCUUUCAGAUAGGAAUUGGAUCUUGUUUACCGAUGAAGUGCUUUGAGACUUGUUGCCUUUUGCUGCCUCCUCCCUCUGAAAUGACCCUGGGAGAGGAGCAGCAGCUUGUACUUAGUAAGGUGGAGAAGCUUCUCAAAUGUGGGUUCUGGGGCUCCACACACCUUGGUAUUCAUGUGCUGUGAGCUGACUUGCUGUCGAAUCAAGAGUGCAGAACACUCCUUGCAUCUGGUAACUGGAUCCUGUGAACGCAUGUCAGGGCAAUGUGGCAACGUAAUUCCUCCUUUAGCCAUAGCCUAUUUACGUUCUGAUAAUAACCCCUAAGCUGCUGAUCACCAGCUGUACUGUUACUGACCAAAAAGCUGCUGGUUUGGCUAUAUUACGAGCCUUCUCCGAUGUCUAUGCUCUGUCUGGACAGAGUACAUGGUGAUUGAUUGUAUGGUGAAGCUGACUUAGAGCAAUACAUGUGGGUAAAGGUGCCCCAGGGUCUGUUUGCCAUGGAAGGAAUACAAAGGGAAUUCUUGACCUGCUUAUUUUUAUAUUGGUUUUCCUAGGUCUUGUCUGAGUAGAUGUUUCUCCCCUUAACCUUCUCGAUGAGGUCAAUAGCUCAGCCUCCGUACCCUUGUAACGAGCAUUAAGCACUGCACUGUUUGGACCUGCUCUGAGCAGGACUGUGCCGCAUUGAGGAUGAACAUCACCAGCAGGUGUGCAGCAGCGGCUGGGCUGGGCUGGGCUGGGCUGAGCUAGUGGCAGCAGGAAGGUUGGAGGAGGGGGGGAAAAAAAAAAGGUUAUGAAGAUGUAGUGGUGGUGCUUUCUGAACUGCCAACUUCUGCAUUUUCUGCAAAGCUUGGCAGCAGGUAGGUCUUUAAACUUCAUGUCUGGUUGGAAAAAUAUAAGACUUAAUCACUGUCUCAUGAACUCCAAGUUGGGCGUCAGAAACAUCAGUGCACCUGGACCUGCUGGUGAGAAAUUACCUGAAACCUGAGCGUUAACUCCUAUACUGAUGGCUUGAGACAUGCAGAUGCUCAGCCCAGCCAGGUCUUCACUGUCCUAAAUCACAAGCUUGGCAACCUCUUGCCCAGAGCCUCGGGAGAAAUUGCUGGCUGUCAGAAACCCUGAGGAGCUGCUUGCUGGUGCCCUUGCCAGGACACAGUGACUAGGCAGCUUUGUGGGACAGCAGCGCCAUCUCGAGUCACUCUCUUCAGACAGCUCCUGCGGGCAGUUCAGAUGCUACUACACUCCAUGAUACCGUUUAGUCUUCAGUCACUCGUUUUAAAAUGACUUGCCACUGAGUAUUUUUGUGGAUUUUUUUUUUAAUGUGUUGCCUUUAUUAAAUGUGUUUGUUCCAAGACAGCCUUAUCGCCUGCUGUCAACAUGAUGUUGUUCUAAAACUUUCGUUUUGCCUUUAUAGUUUUGGUGAGGAUUUACUGACCUUCCCAGCAUUUUUUCCCCUUGUGUCAAGCAAUAAUUAGGGAGGCACUGUUCUGCUUUGGUUUCAUGCUCAUUUGCAAUUGUCUCAAGUAUGUGUCUAGAGAUCCACUAGCAGUAGUUCAACUUUCCUGUAUUUCCAGAGGGCUUUUUGCAGAUUUCUGUGUUCCAUAUUGCUAUACUUGCUACUUCUAAAUGUUUUUAAAAGAACUUUCCUACUCCUGCUGCAAGAUGUGUGACAUGAGAAAGUUUUUUGUUGUUGUUUGUUUUUUUAGUAAAAUUCCCGAGAGGUGGGUGUCUGAGCCACAGUCCUCAGAUUCACAAUAUCUGAAAAUGCAGACACGGUUUGAGGACCUUGUGCUAAUUCGGCAUCACUUCCACCUUGAUUUCAAAAUAUUGAACAUGGUAUCUUCCAUUCUGCCACUUGAAUCCCUGGUAUGAAUGUCUCUGCAAAAUAGUGGAAUACACUCUGAAUGGCAUAUUUUCCUGAAGGUACAGUGGAGAUGCUGUUGCCUUUGAAGUGUGCACAGCUAAAUUAAUGGAGAACUUAGUUAACUAAAUUAAAUGGACAACACCCUUUUAUUCCUGCCAUCAACCUCCCUACCACAGUUCCCCAGUCCUGUCCUAUAUUAGGAAUAUUCUCCAAUCCAGUUUUAUCUGCUAAAAUACUGGAUAAAUGUGAUUAGUGUCUCUGAUGUGCCACAGCGUUUAGAAGCUGCUGGUCUUCUGUAAGGAGAAGAGCAUAUGCCUUUGAGUCAGAGUUUCAGGCUCCCUUUGCAAAUUCAGAGUAAAGCAUGCCUUUGGCUUGCAGUCACACGGACUGAUAGACACACAAUGAAGCUUCAGUUGUCAGGGUUUAAAUGGACAAACAGGAGUGUUUUCUCAUGCAGUGCAAAGUCAAGCUGUGGAAUUGCUUGCUGCAGGAUGUUGUGGGGAGCAAAAGUAUAAAUGGAAUUUUUUUUUUUUAAAGGGGCUGGUUAAGCGAUGGUUAGAUACAUCCACUAAUUCAGGGCAAUUUAAAGUUGCUGUAAAUCGGAAAGGUAUGCCAAGGAAUGAUUACUUUUCCAUGUGCUCUGUCUCUUUAAGAAUAUGUUACUAUAUGAUGGAGGAAAUAUUACUGGGCUAGGUGGAAUGCUGGCCUGAUCUUGUAGGGUUCAUUUUACUCUAAUGGUUGUGGGCUAGACUAAUUUUAAAGGCAAUCUUGGAUUUAUCUAUCACAGCUGUUAAGUGCAUGCACAAUGUGCAUAUACUCUGAUUGUGGCAUAAUUACUUAAACCCUGCAUCUUAUGCAGAGGUGGGCCCCUGAAAGGACAACUAUAGUAUUCUGGCUUCAACCUCCCAUGAAUAUUGUCUUGUAUGGUGCAGAAAAAACAUUGUCAAGACAAUCCUGUUAAACAUGACUGUCCAUGGGCAGUUUGCCUUGUUCUCUGAUACUUAUGGAAACAUAAUCAUAGAUUACUUAAAUCUGGAAUGGAAUACAGCAUUUCUACUUUCCAGCCAGAUGCUGCAGGGUGAAGAAAAUUCUUGAUGUACUCUUCUACGUGCAUGAGCCACCUAGUGGAAAAAAUAAAUGGGCUACCAAAGGCUAGAGAGCCACAUUAAUUAAAUCAAUAAUGCAUUUACCUGUAUAAUUAAAAUACAGGCCAAUGUGUUUAACUGGUUUCAUAAUUUCUAAAUAAUAGAACUUGUAAAGUGUGGUUUUUUUGUUUUUUUUUUUCAAUGCUCCUUCUCUCUCCUCUUUCUCCCCCACCUAUGUUAGAAGUGCUGGGAGGCAGCUGUGGGAAAGAACUCAUUUCUUCAGUAGAAGCAUCCCUAACUGAAUGUAAUUAAACAGAAACCUGAUUUGUGUGAGUCCUUGCUCUUUGUAGGAGCACUCAGUCUCAACGAUGCUACUGUAAAAAGGUGAUUGCACCUUCUGGAGUAACUGCUCCUAGUUUCUACAGAGCGCUCUCACACGCAUUUAAUAAGUGUCUUUAUUUAGAGAAGAUUGAGUGAGGAAGGGGCGGUGAGAGUGUUUGUUUUUUUUUUUUAACUGAGAUGUCAGUAUCUAAGACCCAUCAACACAAUCUUUAUAGCACUAAUGUAAUGAUGCUAUCAAGAGUAGCAGAAGAAAAUCUAUGGUGUUUUGCCUACUAAGAGUCUUGUAACUUUAUUAUAAUUGGACACAUAUGUCUGCAAAAAACAAGCAAAUCUUUCUGAGAGUGCUAUUGCAGUGAUUGAAAUGUUUAACUCCCACAGCAAAGCCUGGCCUCUUCAUGCUCUGUCUAUAGAGGAAAAUUGUAGGAUAAUGAGAUUUUAACUAAAACAGUAAAUCACUAAAAUGUUUUAAGUAGGAGGUUUCCCUCUUGACAAGCUGAUGAAUUUGGAAAAUAUGCUACAAAAUAUGAAGCAGAUACUCUAUAAGGGCAAAGAAUGGAAUCUCGAAACUACAACUUUUCUGUUACUUUUCCCUUUUUUUUUUUUUUAAUUUAUCUGCAAGGCUUUUGGUAUUCCCUACUUCCCAGUUUAGAAGUGCAAAGUAUUCAUAAUGCAAGCUAAUAUUACACUGGUAUUCCUGAUGGGAAGGGCCUGUAAAAACAGACACUUCUGAUUAUAUUUCAUAACCUUUAUCUUCUCUGGAAAUAGCUGAAGCAAUGAUGUACUAUGUAGAUGCAUUCUCACAUGUUAAUUAUAAACCCCAGAGGA